AUGCUUUCCUUGCCCAGAUGUCUCGCGACGGCCAUCUCUCCAGCCGCCACGGCCGUGAGGGCUACGCAGCCAAGGCCCGCGAGGCCGUGCUGCUCGAGCGCGCCAUGCAGCUGCUCGCCGGCGGCAACGUCCGCCCGGCCUUCGAGUGCCUGUACGAGCAAAGUCAGGACAAGCUCUUCCGCGACAGCGCCCUCAUCCACGGGUACCUCGGCAUGCUCGCGCUUGCCGUCAGCGCCGCAGAGGACGACCCCUCGGUCUUGCUGCGUGUAG